CUGAAAUAGUGUUCAAAACCAAAUGAACGAACCAGCAUGUGAGCCUUCGUUAAAGAAUCUUAAUCGUAAGAGACAUUGCGGUUUCCUCAAUAAGAAGUAUCUUCAUAAAAAAGCUUUAUGAAAAGAAGUGUCUAAUUUUUACAUAAAAGCAAAAAAGCUGCAAAAGGUCUUGAAUUAGUGAAAUUUAUGCCACAUGGUUUUAAAAUUUUGAAUGCUUUAGUUGCUAUCUACGUUAUUUCACGAUCAGAAAUUAAAACGUUCCAGCUUUUGGUUUUAAAUUCUGAAAGUUACUUAAAUUAGCUUUGAAUUUUAUGAAAAACCUCAUUGUUUGGAUAAAUCAACCCUGUAAAUUAUAUUCUCCAGGCUGUGGAGUUGUUUGCAAAGCUUUACUUGUAGUAACUAAUGGAAUUUUCAUUCUGGUUUCAAGGGUUUGACUCAAAAUGUAUGAAGUGUUCGCUCUUCACUUAUGUGUUGAGAAGUAACCUAGCGAACACUGAUUGCGGGUACAGUAAUAUCAUUUGAGGUAUAUCAGUGAAUAUUCCCUGGUUCUAACAGGGGUAUAUUUGGUCAUGUGAUGGAUUAUAGAAAGGCCCAUUCACUGAGGAGGUGGUGGAUAUUUAUGAAGGGGCAAAGUGGCAAGAGAUGCUCAAGGACAACAUGGGUUACGUCAUGGGGAUUAUCAGAGAUAUAGGCAAUACUGUCAGCGGAGGUUGAGAAGAUUAUACAAGACUUUGAAUUUCCAGCAUGGUUCACGAAACACAUUCAAGGCAAAGAAAUUAACACAGGAACUGCUGAAAGAUGUCAAGUAUUUACACAUUCCUUUAAUGGAUGCAGAAAGAGCUUGGAGUCAUGCAAUGGAGUUGAAGCUAUUGGCUAACACUGAACUGCGCAAAAAGUUCCAUUACAUUAGAAGACUUCGUAAGGCUGCAAGCCAUGCUACUCAGUUAGAAGAGCUCUGUUCUGGUGAUGUCUGUGAUGCCAGAACAAAACUUGAGGCCCAGGCCUAUGCUUCUUACAUGAAAGGCAGUGUCAGUUUUGAGCUGCAGAAUUGGAAGGAGGCUUUCGAGUUAUUUGGCCAUGCCCAGACUAUCUAUGAAAAACUAGCUGGGGCUUUCUCUGAGGAACAGCGCACCAUGUAUCUUCAGAGAGUUGAAGAGAUCACUCCAAACAUCAGAUACUGUGCAUACAAUCUUAAUGAGGGAACCACAGACAUUAGCGAUUUAAUGCAGUUGAGGUGGAGUGCUUCUUCUGGAAGCACAACACAAGAUCCAGUUUUAGCAGCCAAAAUUGAUGAAGUUAUUGCUCAAACACGCGAGAGAGAAGCAGCUGCCAUGACAGAAGUGAGCUGGUGUGGCCGUAAUGUCCCAGUAAAGAAUGAAAAAGUUCGCUCAUUCAUACUCCACUCCCAACAAUGUGCAAGAGAAUUAGAGAGAGCUAGUACUUUAGACAGCAAGCUUACAUUGUAUGACAGUUUACUCAUGGAGUGCAAGGAUGCCUUGCAAGCAAUCAAAGACGAGUUAAAGGGAGACACAGGUUCUGGCAAGAUGCGGUCUCAAAAGUUUGAGGCACAAACAGGAAAUAUGCAGUUUCUUCACAAUUACGUCACUUUUAUCCGUUUGAGUAAAACAGUAGAAAGAAACUUGCUUAUGGCAGAGUCAAUGAAAGGCAGUUUACCAGCACCUCUACAGAAGGCUGCUGAGGAAAUAACAGUAAAUACUGUCAAACGCCUUUCCAAGCCAGAGGACCUUGUGCGAAUAUAUGACAUUAUAUUGCAGAACCUUUCUGAUAUGGCUGAGUUACAAGAAAUCGAUCAAGACUUAUUGUUUUCCAAGGAGGUUGCAGCUCAAAUAUUGGAGUGUAAGGCCCACAGGUGUUUAUAUGUAGCCCAUUCGUACUUUCUUGGCAAGAAGUGGCGUGAGGCAAUGUCACUGUAUAACCAUGUUGUGAACCUGGCAAGCUCUGCCAUCACUCAUUUCCAAGAAUUUAACUCACUUGUGCAG